AUGGAUUCUCACAGAUUGGGGUCUGGUCUGCCAUCUAGGCCCUCGGAACCAUCUCGCAUCAGACGGCCUGGACUUGGAUUUGGAUACGGCUCUGAACCAGCACCUUCAUCGAGUGCUCCAAAGUCACUCAACAGAUCAGCAAAGAGGGAAGAGGUUCCACGAUCAUUGCCCAAACCUUCUUCCAUCUCUCGCCCAACACCAACUACCAGGGUAACUCAACCUACUCCAACUUCUUCUACCACUACUCGAAGACCUUCUCUUCCGCAACCCAUAUCACGACCUAGCAUUGGUCACCAAGCCCAAUCGUGGGGGUCAUCGUCUACUUCAACAUCCACUCGAUCAGCUGCCAACCAUCAUGGAGCUUCCGGAUCAUCAUCAUCAACACAAAGCAUUGACAACACAAAACCCAACCCAAAUGGCUUGCGAAGGAAGAAGCCAUCACUUUCUGGUGACAUCAACACUACCCGCAAUGGCUCUUCACGAACGGAUUCUUCCUCCUCCUCCGCCCAGCACAAACGACAGGGCUCCGUUGAGCCUGUAUUUGGCUUCCACUUGGACAGAGAACUUACCUGUAGCCCGGCCGAGAUUCAAAUCGCUGAAGUCGUUGAAGUGAAAAAGCAUUCCAGGUCACCAGUCAUCUACCCUGAAUUGGACCGUUAUCGAAACAUUCGACGACCCUCGGAUGGCUCAGAUAACCGAAUCGAGGUCCCAUUUCGCUUAGCGACACACGACCUGCCGCCCCCAACUCCAGCCAGCCUAUUAUUCUCUGGGACUAGUGGAAGCCCAUCUACAAGGUUCUCCGAGUCACCUGGACCAGGGCCUUAUAGUCGCGACACCACGCCAACUUCAAUUGCAUCUCAAUCGCCUUGCCUGCUUGCACCUGUCCGCAGUAAUCAGAAUAAGGGCCGGCUUCAAAGUCCUGUUCUCAACAGACCUCCUGUAACCCGAAGGACAACUGGUAAUGAAAUUGAGGCUAUUCCUGUCGACCCUCAUGGUCUAGCAGCCGUGAGGGAGUCUCUUACUUCCUCGUCAUCCAACUCAACUGUUCGAGAAGCCACCAUCAAGAAGAAGACAAAGAACUUGCCUCCACCUCCUCCAAGCCCCCCACCACGCAAGUCUUCACAGUACUUCAGGGAAGAUACCUCGUCGCCGAAGUCGGUGCGCAAGGUGUCAAGGCCUGUUUUGCGAUCGCCUUCCCCUGAGACAAAUACCCAGAACUCUGCCUCACCAAGGGUUAACCCUCCAUCGCGGCCCAGUAGAGAUGGCACUCCCGACAUGCAGUCCCAGUUGUUCAACCCGGUGCCAAUUAUUCACAGCAACCUCUCUACCCAGUCCCUCCCAACUGAGCGACGUGGAAGCGAGUCUGCUGUCUCGGGAGCUCUUUCACCGCCCAAGCCCCAAUUCACCCAUUCAGGACGGACAGCAUCGACUUCUCAACUUCCCAUCAAAGGUGAGGUAUAUGCUCAACCCGCGGCUAAGCUUGCCGCCGAGUCAAAGAAGGGAAAGGGAAUUGAGCCACCUCGAAUGACACGCACACCGAGUCCACAUGUGUCUAGCUCCUCUUUCUCGCGAUUCUUCGGUCGUAGAAAGAAUUCUAGCACCGCACCACCCGAGAAGCCUGAGAAGGAGAAGAAGCUUAUCCGCAAGGGUCCUGCAGCUGGCACUGGCCACGAAGGUUAUGGACGACUCGGCGCUGCUAAGAGACGUAGUGGCAGUAUCAGCAACGUGGCUCGCAACCAGGCGUCCCAAGAACCCCGCUCCAGCAACGAUUCCUUUUUGUCAGACCGUAUGAACCCAGUGGUCAUUGCUGGAGGCGAGAUCAUUGAGAACCGAAAUGCCAGCUCUGAAAUCUCCCGAAAUGGAAGUUCCCAGAGUUUGGCACAUGAUGACGCAAGGCUGGGUAGUUCUCAGUUGCCAGUCUCUUACCAGAAGCCCCGAAACACACUCUGGCCCUCGCCCAUGUCACGCACUCCUCAUCCUGCAUUUGGAUCUCGUCGGCCCUCUGAGAGCAGUGACUCCGAAGGUCCCACUAUGAAGUCAACACUUGCUUUCCGACGAUCAGUUCAGCGUUUGCGCUCCUCUCCUGACGACCCCUUGAAGCUACCCCAGCCUAUCAACACCUCUGGUUAUGCAUCUUCACCCAUGACUAGCUUCGACACCAGCAUCAUGUCUGAUGAUUCUCAUUUUGAAUUACAACGGGAGAUAUCGCAUGAGGUAAAGUCGCAUCCUGUACCAAAGAAACUUGUCAAGAGGCCGCGCUCGCCUCGCAAGUGGAACUUGUUUGGCAGGUCAACUCAAAGCCAGCAGAACAAGCAGGGUGAUAAGGUUUCGGCUACUGUCAAAGUGGUCGAAAAGAAGCCCUUGGCCUUCUACGCCAUGAUGGACUCGUCAGAACAGGAAGACAGUGAGCCUAUGGACAUUCAGGAUGUCCUGAGGGCUGCUGAGGUUUAUUCCAAGUCGCCUAGUGUUGGUAACACCCCUGAGCUUUCCCAAGGUACACCAGAGAUGCGAUCAUCAAGCGACUCUCUGGCACGACCUGCGGCCUACGUGCAGUCCUCGAGAAGGGCGAGCACCGAGAUCAAGGCUAGAACUUGGGUCCCUGUUAUUCAACACGGCGCGGCACCAAAGAAGCUUACCUUGCAGCCUAGUGCACAGCCGACCGUACCAACUGUCACCUCUGGUCGUCGAAGCAGACUUCCUCAAGUUGGAAGGAUUCCCAAGGUUGUAAGCAAUCGUCCCGAGCAUGAACAUGUGUCUCCUAUGAGCUUCUCUCGACCUUUUAGAGCCAGCAUGCACUUGGCUCCCGAGACCCUUGAUGUUUAUGAUCCAGAGUCGAUUGCCAAGGGCCCUUCCCCGUCUAGACCCUCCACUCCUGUUCCAGAACUCACCACCGACGAUUCAACAGCGGGAAGCACCAACAAUCCUUCCUCUCGAGACUCUAUUCCUCCUGAACUGAAUCGAGUGGAGAAGGAGUUCUUGGCCUUCUCGCCCCGCAAAGACUCUGAGAGCACCAUUGGCACAUCCAGUUCCAGCUGCUCUGGUAUCCUCGCAUUCUCUGGUUCCACGGCUGUCAUUCCACAACCCCAUGACCCACCUGUAGAAGACGAGGUGUGGGAUGAGUACGACGACCUUCUCGAGGACGAUGUCUCCAAGCCACUCCCUUCAGCAACGUCCUCAAGAGGCACGCCGUUCCACCUUGAGACUUACGAGACGAAGUUAGCCAGCAAGGAGAAGCCUCUAGAGUCACCGACAAUUACCUUUGACAAGAAGGCGAUUCGUCAAUCCAAAGCAACGACCAUUUCCAGUACUUGCAGCGCUGAUAUGACUGAACGACUCAGAGCGGCUUUCCAACCUCACCCAAGCCCGACUACCCCUUUCCCAGCUGCAGACCUUGUCCCGAGCAACGGCGACCGCAGCAAGGAUGCUGAAGUUGCUACAGCUGUUGAGGUGUCACGACAAAGCAGUCGAUCGUCUCGCAAGACAAGACGAUCUGAUGCAAGUUCCUCUUCAGAAGAUGGAUCACCGCUUGCGCAGGUCAACCUCAGAGUAGGGUCAAUGACGGUAAGCAAGUGGCUGACUUUUGGUCAUGUUCUCUUCAGCGAUGUUCGCCACGAACUUGUUCCCGUUGAAGGUUCGCUCAAGCGACACUCUAUUUUGGUUAUUGAUGGCCUUGGUAACGAUGAUUGGUCUUUCUACGCUGCCGAGACAUACCCAGCUGCUACCUUCUUCAACCUGUCCCCUCGUGCCCCUCUCCCUGAAGAGUUGAAGAGCGCCUCGUCAAGUUUUCCACUGAGUCCCCCGAACCAUCAUCAGAUUCAGUACAACUCUCAUCUCGACAAAUUCCCAUUUGCCCCUCAGAGCUUCACUGCUGUUGUGUACCGAUUCCCCGUCGCAGCACCCGAGGCUUACUACCGCAGCAUCCUCACGGAAGCUCGUCGCGUGCUGAAGCCUGGAGGUUUCAUCGAGUUAUCCAUUCUAGAUGUUGACCUCAACAACAUGGGCAAUCGGGGUCGACGAACCGUUCGCCAUCUCAAAGAGAGAAUCAAUGAGAAGACUCCUGAUACCAGCCUCGGUUCCACCGCAGAUCUCAUUGUACGCCUGCUCGGUAAGGUCGGUUUCACCACAAUCAAGGCAGCGCGCGUGGGUGUGCCUGUGGCAAGUACCACCACCCGAUCGAGCGGCAAGGCCGACAAGGGCAAGGGCAAGGCCGCUGCCGACCAGCCGAGCCUGUCAGAGAUGAUGAGCGACAACAGCCCCUUGGCCGACGAGGGUAUCACCAAGAUGGUCAGCCGCGUUGGCCGAUGGUGGUACACGCGAUGCUACGAGAACGCAGCAAAAAACACUUCUGGUAAGAGUAUUUGGAGCGACAAGUCUCUGCUCUCCGAGUCCGAAGAGCUUGGCACAAGCCUCAAGCUCAUGGUUUGUUGCGCACGAGCUCCCCUUGAGCGCAUCACCAGUGUCUAA